GCAUAAUGUGGCAUAUGAGAUAGUUUUCUGAUAUUAAUAUAUGAGUUUUUUUAGUUUACAAAAAAAAUAAAAAUAUAUAUGAGUUCUUUAUUCAUAUAUUCUGCUCCUUUUUUCGGGUAAUUGCAUUUGCUGCAUGUGUAAAAUGCUGGAAAAUAAGUUAGCUGCUGCAGAAGUCUCUAGAAAGAGAAAAAGAGUCUGCUUAAUUAAGGAUUUAGAGAAGAAAGAAACUGAAUACAUGCAGAGAGAAAUUUACUUGCAGAGGUUUUCAGCAAUUGCAUUGUGAAGCUGCAUUGUUAUUUCCAAGAUGGAAGAGUAUUUGUAUCCAUUUUUUUAUCAACAAAGAGUAUUUAUUUGCAUAUCUUAUUAUGGAAUUUCUACCUAGUGGAGAGAUAUGAUGACGUUACAUGAGGAAAGACACUUACAGAAGAUGAGUCGAGACUGUACUGUUAGCUAUCGAGUCCAUUCAUAAGCACAACUAUAAUAUCUAUUAUUUUGUUUUAUUUUAAUAUCUCAAACAAUUUCAGUAUUUAGGUGAACGUCUGGAUCAAGUUGCUAAAUCUUAUUAAGCUUUUACCUAAAUAACAAUAACCGUAUCUUCCGCGUUUGCCAGUAAAAACGACCUCAAGGUGACUCAAAGAACCUUAAUAUAGGAUUGAAGAAAUUCCAUUGAAAUCUUCUGGUUAUCGAUUGACUUGCAACUUUUACAUCCAAUAAUCAUCUGCCAUGUGUCCAUCACACAUAUGUUGAAAAAUAGACAAGAGAAAGAGAAAGAGCCUCGGUGCUCAAAGGGCAGAUUUUGAGAUUUCUUUUUCCUUACGCUACCUCUAGAUCCCUCUUCAACUAGAGACUCAUAACAAACAAAAAAUAGUUAAGAAACAAGAAAGAUAAGUAGAUAAAAAAAAACUUUUGAUUUUUCCUAAAUCAUUUUGGAAAAACACAUUCUUUUAAAGUUUGUAACCAGAAAUUCAUAGCUCUUGGAAAUCUAUAUGUUUCAUCUUCUUUGUUAAAAGGGUUUUAUCUCUACCCAUAACAUGUAUGCAGCUGCGUGUUGAAGAUGGUCUCACCAAUGAAGGGUCUAUUAAAAGGGUUGAGGUACAUUGCUCGUAUCUUCGAGGAUGAGAAGGAACCAGAGAUGCAAAUUGGACAACCAACCGAUGUCAAACAUGUUGCUCAUAUAGGAUGGGAAGGGCCUUCUGCUACGACCCCAAGCUGGAUGCAUGACUAUAAGCCACCCGAGGAUGAGGCAAAAGGAAGUUCCGAAAAGAAACCUGCGAGUUCCAGGGAGAGGCAAAAGAAUAAGGGAAGGCGUAAAUCAUCUACAAGCACAAACUCACCUGCAGAGUCUCCAGCAAGGCCAAGACGCAGCACGGGUAAACAGAGAGAGCAAAGUACGGGUUCAGGGUCGGAGUCAGGUUCAGGGCUAGACAUACCUCAACAGAAUGAUCAGUCUGUGGUACAGAAAACCCCGAGGCAGAAAAAAUCAAAAGGAACAGCAGCAGUAAGAGGAGGAGGCGGUGAACCUCCACUGCCUGUUCCACCUGUAGAGUCAAAGGAAACAGAUAUAUCCGUGCGGGCGGUUUAUCCUUGUGUGGGUCUAGAGAGUUCUACAGGAAGAUGAGAGAUGAAAAAAAAAAAGAGUUUUUCAUGAUCAAGUUUAGAGUAGAGUUGUGGUUUUGUUUUUCUUCUCAUUAUUUACAAUUGUCUUUUCUCUCCCUUUUGUUAGAGAUGUACGUUUGUAUAACAAGACCAAUGUUUUUAUCAAGCGAUUAAGUCGAGAAAACAGUACAGUUUGAUGAUUAUUAAUCAGGGAUAACAUAUGUUUGGCUUAAAUGAUUUUGGUUACUCUAAAAGUAUUAUACCUCAGCAACCUUUCUGUUGUGUUUUUGGAUCAGCGGUUACAUGUUAUGAUAGUUUUUGUUUUAAUAAAACCAAAGCUUUUACUAUGUUAAGCAAAACUCAUUUGCUAAACUGCUGGUACAAAGCAUUUAAAUUAAAUACGUUCAGAUGAAACCAAAAUUUUUAUUUUUUUUAUAUAAAAAUAAUUUUCUUUUGUUUUUGUUUGUCAUAUUAAAAUAUUCAUGAACAACUAAUAUAAAAUCAUCUGCAAAAGAAUUUAAUGUAAAAGCAUAAUUAAAUAAAAUAUUUAAAAACCGGUUCUUAAUUUUUUUAAUUAAAAGUUAAAAGACAGUUUUUUAUAUUUCGCCAAAAA